AGUAUCAGACUACAAGUUGCCAUCUCGAGCAAAGAUGAAGGGCAGCGCUGAUGGAGAAACUGCAGGCCCAUCACAAUGUUGGGAAAUCGUUCACAUUCCUGGAAAACCUCCGAUUUCUCCUGAGCUCCAGCCUACAGUGGAUGUACUUGCUUCUGCAAUUGAUGCUAAGCAUGCAAAUACUAUAGUCAGAAAACUAAAUCAUAUAGCACCCUUGGAAGGCCUCCGCCAUGUGAAGCGCGUAAAAAAGACUGUUGUUGAUGGUGGAAAGAGUCAAUUAUUUGUGAUUAUAUGCAUGGAUUCUGGAAGUAAUGCUGAGUCGAACUAUAUGCCGGAGGAUGUGCAGGGACUUAUGAAUACGUACCAGUUGAGUACUUUCACCACAAAAGUAUGCAAAUAUGCUGCAACAACAAAAGAAGAAUGGGAAGAACAAUGCAAGUUGUGGCCAACUUCCUUCCAUCCACCUACUUUCAAUAUUGAUGGCAUAACUGGAUUUACCGAGGAGGAUUCAUUAUCAGUUCUCAACUUUAUGAAACAUGCAGUUCGUAUGGCAAAAUCUGGCGCUUCGCUUGUCAAUGCUGCUGUUAUAGUGGAUCCUUUAUCGGGAGAAAUUAUUGCUAGCUCGUGCGAUGAGGUCUUAUACCCUGGUGCUCCAACUAAAGGUAGUAGCAAGGAGUCAUGCUGUUCUAAAUAUCGUGAAACAACCAUCCAGGGUGAUGCUAAUGAGAUGGAAAAAAGUUUAAUAUCCAAUGAAGCAAAGCAAUCUUAUAUGGAAGUCUCUUGUUUACAUCCUUGGGGAUGGCUUGAGCAGCGAUUGCAUUCAAAUUUGGAUUCUUGGCAUCCUUUACGUCAUGCAGCCAUAGUGGCAAUUGAAGCUUCUGCUGCAAGAGACAGGCAUCUUUUUCCUACGAACGUGCGAGGUGCAGAUCCUGCUCAUGAAGAUCCCAAAGUGCUAACCCCAACAGGCUCUCCCUUAAAAAGACAAAAGGUAAAGAACGACGAGAGAUUGGAUUGCAACACGAAUGGUUCCAAAUAUGACUCAACAAGACCUUAUCUGUGUACUGGCUACGACAUCUACUUUGUGUGGGAGCCGUGUGCUAUGUGUUCAAUGGCAAUUGUGCAUCAGAGAAUCAGGCGAGUGUUUUACGCCUUCCCAAACCCAAACGACGGCGCCUUGGGAAGCGUCCACAGAUUGCAAGGAGAGAGAAGCUUGAAUCAUCACUAUGCUGUUUUCAGAGUCAUGCUGCCUAAAGAGAUUCUUGAUUGAUGCAAUAGCCCAACAUUUUUCCCUAGAUUCAGUUAGAUUACCAGUUGAGAUAGUUUAACUUAGCAUAUCUAUCCCUUGAAUUCUUGAUCAAGGAGUGAAAACAGAAUCUCUUCUUACUCCUUGUCUUUUUUUUUUUCUUUUUUUUUCUUUUUUUUUUGACAAAUACUCCUUGUUGAAAUUACUAUGGCUUGUUGAAAUUUUUGCAGUUUUAUUUUACCAACAAGUUUGUUUGGAUUUAA